AUGCCUCUCACCCAGGAGGAGGAUGAGAUCUUGUUUACAUGUUAUUCUUCAUCCACAUCGGCAAAGAAAGAGAUCACGCUGCUCCAGGAUAAGAAGAAUGGAUUCGGGUUUGUACGGUCAAACCCCAGACCGCCCAAACCGAGGACCAAGGGUGUUACCGAAAUCAGGGGCCCAUACUAUACUGCCAUGGGGAAACGAUACCUAGCAGAUGUGCUGGAGACCAUGGGAACACAUGUGGACGGCUUGAAGUUUGCAGGAGGGUCAUUCUCUCUUUUCCCAGAAAGGCCUUUGAAGGAGUUAAUUGAUCUCGCUCACGACCACGGAGUCUAUGUCUCCACAGGCGGUUGGGCUGAGCAUCUACUCACUCAUCCCGAUGCAAACGCCGUGUUUGAUAAGUACCUUCGCAAGUGCAAGGACCUUGGGUUCGAUGUCAUCGAGCUCUCAUCGGGAUUCUUAUCCAUCCCCGAAGACGACUGGCUCCGCCUCGUUGACAAGGUCCACUCCUACAAGCUGAAAGCGAAGCCCGAGCUAGGGAUUCAGUUCGGUGCCGGGGGCGACACCCCCGCGGCAGGGCUGGAAGCUAUAGGCACGUCUGAUCCGUCGAAGUUGGUGAACCUGGGCCGAAAAUUCCUCGACGCAGGCGUCGAGCGCUUGAUGAUCGAGUCGGAGGGCAUCACCGAGAAUGUGGGAUCGUGGCGGACCGAUGUGGUAUCGAAGAUCAUGAAAGAGCUUCCCUCGGAAGGCGUCAUGUUCGAGGCAGCAGACCCGAAGGUCUUCAACUGGUACAUUCGAGAAUUCGGCAUUGAUGUCAACUUGUUUGUCGACCACAGUCAGAUUGUGCAGUUAUCGUGUUUGCGCCAUGGGAUUUGGGGCACGGCCGACACUUGGGGAAAGAUUGUCUCUUUCCGACCUGAUUGCAAGCGACGGAAGCAGAAAUGCAACGGAGAGCAGCCAUGUACAAUCUGCGUCCAACGUCGCAAAGAAUCCGAAUGUCAUUUCUCCGACAAACCCGCCCGCUUGCUCAAGCCAAGCAACACCCCCAAAGAGACCAUGCUUCUCAGCGAAUACCUCGUCCCAACCCCGCAGCGGCAGACGGCCAUGGACCGACUUCUGAACUCGCUCGAAGACCGUAGUGCAACAUUGGAACAACAGGUGGCGGACGAUAAGGAUGGCACAGCGCCGGUGCCAAAGGUGGCUAGGCUUUUGCGUGACGGACAGGGAAAGUUCAUGUACAUUGGUGAUUCUGCAAGCUUAUCCUUCUUGCAGAGCGUCCGUCGCAUCGUCUCCUCGUCGAUCGGCCGCUGUGAUUUCACGGAAGAUAACUCGCGACAUUCAAUGCUGGAGGCUUUCCAAAAUAGUUCUUCGACACAGACAGGGCCCUUGAUCGCCCCUCCCAGCAACGAGGAGGCCCAGCGGUUGGCGCGUCAAUACGUUCUUGCUACCAGCCCACUGCUAGACCUUUUUGAUCUCAACGAAUUUCACCCGCGCCUUGCCAACUGGGUGGGAAACCCUACUGGUGACGAAGACACGGUCAGCUCGAUCUUCUACCUGGUGCUCGCGAUUGGCGCACAGGUGUCAGACACCAACCAGACCCUGGCAGAACAAUACUUCAUCAGUGGACGUCAAUUAGCGUUCUCUGCAUUCACCGAAACCCCCAGUAUCUACACUAUUCAAUCCUAUGUCUUGAUAUCCAUGUACAUGCUAGGUGCGUGUCGGCGCAAUGGCGCCUUCAUGAACCUUGGCAUCGCGCUCCGGGCGGCAUAUGCGGUUGGUAUCCAUAGGAAAGAUGCCAAUUCGCUGUUCUGCACUCGGGAGCGACGGGCCCGCGAGCGCGUCUGGAAGAGUCUUCGUAUGAUGGACCUUUACCUCAGUGCCUCUUUAGGACGGCCGCCGGCUACCUUGGACUUCGAUUAUGACCUUCGCGACGAUGGUCUUCCGGCGGAUCAGCAGCGUCUCGAACCGGAAGAACAAUUAUCUAUGACCGUCGUUUCUUUGUGCCGCAUCUUCGAACGGAUUUUGACCGAAGUCUAUAUGCGGCAGGUAGUAUCGCUCACCGUGGCUGAUGCUAUCUCGAACCAACAUCGAACCUGGGUCCGUAACCUGCCUAUGUUUCUGCAGGUGCAGACAGAACGACUAGAAUCAAAGAAUCUAGAAGAAACCUUAGCCGCAGCGCAUGUAUUCGGGUCGUACUACUGGUCGAUCAUUCUUCUGACUCGUCCGUUUCUUGUUUUUCGGGUCUCGCAGUAUGUGCGAAGUAAAUCUGAUUCUACAAGCUCCGGCGACACCAGGACCACCAAUUCUCGGAUCGCACUCUUUGCCGAUGCAUGCGUCUACUCAGCCUUACGAGGUCUCAACAUUGUGGAUGGUCUUGCUCGUUACAGCAAUCUCCCUCGCCGGUUGCCCUUCCUGAUUAACUCCGUCUUCAACUCAGCUGUGGUGCUAGGCGCAGCAUUCUUUGCAGACUACGACAACCUACUCCCGUUGGAGGAGGGGAUGGAAAAGGCCGAACGAUUUCUUGGCUUGUUCGUGCCGCAUGAUCCUCAUGCAUGUCGCUUCUACCAGAUCAUCAAGUAUCUCCGCGCGGCGGUGGCCGAGUAUGUCCGUCGACGAAAUCGUCAGUGGAUGGAGCGCCGUAGUCGUCAAGUGGACCAGCUUUUCGGCCAGGUCGGCACUUCGGAUGAGCCCUCGGCCGCAGCAGAUGCCAAUACUCCGUCAAGCCGACGCGGCGAUCCAGCAGCCGUCUUGUCACCGCUCUCUCCCGAGAAAGUGGCCGGGGGACCAACACUACCUCAUCCCUCCAACAUGACUACGGCCACCACCGCGGCUCCAGGCCAAGUGGAUAACGACAUUUGGGAGACCCUGUAUGGCACCCAGGGCGCACCUCCUCUUCCAUACGAUACGGCCGUUUCGACGCUCACCACGACGGGGAUUCCCAUCGGCUGUUCCCCCGGCGGGACCAUCCCGUCUGGCGCUUUGCCUUCUGAGGUCCCGGGUGGCCAUACGCCGCUGUCUGAUGUGAUUAUGCCGGACAAUGGCCUUCUGUAUAUGGCUGAGGAUCUUCCCGUGUUUGGUCUCUGGGAAGACGCCUAGAUUUGGGGAGGUUAUCUUUUUCGGUGUACACCUUACACACGUUCGCCAUCACUUUUUACCACCUAUCUAUUGGGACAGGUUAUUUACGACAUCUUCAUGAACAUAGCAUGCCCGACUCCCAUCUUCUGGCGUUUUUGGAUCUGGAACCUGGCGUUCAGACGAUUAGCUUGGGGUCGAUUCCAUGUAUAUCCUCUUUAUUUUUACUUCUGUCUGUACAUACCUACCUUCAUGCAGAUAGCGAAUCCAUG